ACACAUAACAAACAAGAACACACUCAAUAUAACACUUACUAUUGAUGUGAUUAUUGAACUUACUUGCGGACCAUGAUUAUUAUACUGAAUGAUAAAUUAUUUGACUAAAAUGCAAUUAGUAAAGUCAGUGUGCAUUGUGCAAUGACAAAGCCAGUAAUCAAUUCACAUGAUGGAGAAUUUGCAGGCAUGAGCACUAACAAUAUUUUGUAGUAAAUACAAUUCCCAAUAGCCCCAAGGCCAAUUUGUUGUCAGACAUUCCUAUGUUAUAAAAAAAGAAGCAAUUAUCAUUCUGAAAGUGUAUGGAUACCAAUGUCAGAGCUUAAUAUUAACCUAAUAAAAAUAAAGUUAGUCCAAAAUAUGUUUUUUUCUGGAAACAGAUGUACAUUAAUACUGAAUAGGAUUAGGGCCACAUGAAAAACAUUUUUUGGGGAUGUCAGAAUUAUGACUUUAAUCUCAGAAUUAUGACUUUAAAGUCAGAGUUGUCAAAACAACGCAAAUAGAUGUAUAACUCGCCUUUUGUUCUGCCAUUUGGAAUAUGCUUUCCUCCGGGACCCCUCUGGAGCGCAGAAACUCCGUUAACCGCCUUCAUUGUUCCGUAGUGCAUUAUGAGAGUCUCUCACUGAAGUUGGGCCACUACAGGAACCCGUACUUCUGAAUUCUGACUUUAAAUCAGAAUUCUGACUUUAAUCUCAGAAUUCUGACUUUAAUCUCAGAAUUUUGAUUUUAAAGUCAGAAUUCUGAAAUCCCUCCAAAAUUGUUUUCAUGUGACCCUAACCCUCUUCCGUACAUUUAUCCUGACCACUCCCUUUGAUAGAUUCCCCCACAACUCAGUGCGCCUAUGCAUCUGCGUCUAUUCAACCACGUGCGUAUAGGUGAAACAUAUUGACUGCGCAAUAUGAAUCUAUAAGUGGAGAUAUAUUUAUUAUUUGGGGGUUUAUAAUUACAGCUGUGUCGUAUAACAACAUUAUUCCAGUGUAUUGUUUUACGUGAUGUCCAAUUGUCGCAGUGUAAUUUGCUAAAAGUAGUUCGUGGGCUAGCAUCAGUACCAGCAUCGUGAAAUGUUAGCGCGUCACCGCUGUAGCUAGCUAAAAACGCAUUCCUCCCUAAGAGAUAAACUUAUGUUUUUUUCACUUCUCAUACUUCAAAUGUACUAAUAACCUGACUAAGUUAACUAAGUAUUUGUAACAUUAGCAGCUGCCGACAUGCACGGCUCAUUUCCUUCAAACUGUGUUCGACCUAACCUGCCUCUGAGGAAGCCAUCAUCGAGCCCCUUGGCUUCUUUCGCCCCGAGGCCUCGCCCUCUGACCGCCAUUGGAGACGGCCCUACAAAUUCACCAGUCAGCGAUCGAUCUGCAGUGUUAGGAUCUAUAGAGUCUGCACUGAUGUCCAACUGCAACAUCUGUGGUCACAAAGGAGGUUUACGAUGCAAGCGCUGCAAGAAGACGCCCUACUGCUCUGUGACAUGUCAGGCAAAAGACUGGAUGGCACACAGACACACGUGCAAGUCCAUUGAUCCAGAACCUGCAAAAGAGAAAACUGCAGCUUUGCCAGUGACUGGAGACAGAGCUAGUAUGAUUGAGUCUAAGCACUGUGAUGCAUCCAGCCUCCAGAGGGUCUAUAUAAAGGACUUGCAUGUGAGAAAAAUUAUAAAGGGAACAGACAUCCAGGCAACUGUUGUAGAGUUCUUCAGCCCUGGCAGGUUUUUCAUCCUUGCCCAAAGUCCUGAGCUGCUGGAAGCUCUUCAAAGCAUCAGCCAGGAACUUCAGAAAACAUACAGCUGCCCAUCAGUGACAACAUACGUACCGCACGCUGGAGAGGUCUGCGCGGUUAAAUUCUCUUUUGACAUGAAGUGGUACCGAGGCCUUGUCCAGACUUUGGCUGCUGACCAGAAGACGGCUUACAUCCUUUACAUUGACUUUGGCAAUGAAGAGAAUGUCCCUGUGGACAGGAUCAAGCCUCUGGCAGCUAAUAUUCAGCCAUUUUGUCCAUGUGCAAUGGAGUGCCGUAUUGCAGGGGUGGUGCCUUGGAUUGACAAGUGGUCAGCCGAGUGCUGUAUGUCAGUGAAACAGCUCUUGGCUGGUAAGACUUUCACAGUUAAGCUGGUGGAAACCCUGGAAAAAGGUCGCGUUUAUGCUGUGGAUAUCCUGCUUUCCAUGGGAAAGAAGUUCAGCACAUUCCUCCUGGAGCAUAGAUAUGCAGCAGAGGAAACGGUCAACGAAAAACCAACUCCGCAAGAAAUAACCGCCAUGGUGAGUGCAUCCUUGGAGAACUUCAGGUGUCGCUCCGAUGGGAAGGAUGACAACACCUGGGCCCAGUCCCCAGAGCCCCUCACCCAGGCGGUGGGCGACUCCUUCUCUGUUGUGGUCACCCACCUCCAGUCGCCCGAUGAAAUCAUCGUGCAGAAGGUGCAGAACGCUGGAGUCAUUCAGGACUUGCAGCUGAAGCUGAGGGAGCACUGCAGCCAGCCCCUGGCCUCCCAGAACUUUAGGCCAGCCCCCGGCACAGUUUGCGGUGCCCAGUUCUCAGAGGACAAGCAGUGGUACAGGGCCAAAGUUCUGGCCUAUUCAUCAGAGGAGCGCGUCUGUGUGGGCUACCUUGAUUUUGGCAACUCUGAGGAGGUGGAUUUAGGCCACCUGCGGCCUAUCAGCGCUCCACUGCUGGCCCUGCCCAUGCAAGCUGUGCGGUGUGGUCUGGCAGGGGUGCAGCCUGUGGGGGAGGUCUGGUCAGAGGAGUGCCUGCUGGGUCUGCAGCGAAGUAUAUCCAAUCGGAUACUGCGCGUGGAAAUCCAGAUAGCACAAAAGGGCAAAGCUUUGGUGGCCAUGAUUGAUGAGGCCAGUGAUCCUCAGGCCAAUGUCGCCGAGCUGCUGACCGCUGCCGGCUUCGCUGAACCUACUCCUCUUCCUCCAGCCAGCAGCGACCAGCAGCCUGAGCAGACCGCUGCUGCAGAACCACACGUGCCCCCCCCAGCCUGUGAGCCUCUGGUGUGGUCGUGUGCUGAGCUUCCCUGUGACGGCCAGACAGUGGCGCUGCUAGCCAGCAUGCUGGGAAACCCUCUGGAGUUUUACUGUCGCAUCGACAAUCUCACAGGCCAUCAGCGACUGGUAGAGCUGGGCGCUCAAUUGAAAGAGCACUGUGAGACGCAAGCCUCCCCUUUUGAGCCCAAAGUGGGGGAGCCCUGUUGUGCCAUGUUUCCUGGUAAUGGAGAGUGGCGUCGGGUUUUGGUAAAUGAGCUGUCUGACGGAGUGUCUGUACAUUUUGUGGACCACGGUCAUAGCAUGAAAGUGGAAAAGAAACGCGUUCGAUCCAUUAAACCUCAACUCCUGACUCUGCCCUUUCAGGCAAUUCGCUGCUGGCUCACAGGUGUGGAGCCCCUGGGAUCUGAGUGGAGCGGUGAAUCUGUGCUGUGCUUACAGAAUCUGGUGGGCGGCGUGCCGCUCUCUGCACGGGUCUUCUCUCGCACUGAACAAGGCUACGGAGUGGAGCUGGAGAGCAGAGGGAUCAAUGUGGCCGCUGCUCUCAUCUCUGCGCAACUAGCCAAAGUUCCUGGAGGGAUUCCCAAAGAGACGACCUCAGGCUCUGGACCCCAAGAGAAAAUGCAGGAACAUGAACAGAGCCAAAUAAAUGAGCAAGCCUCCAAUCCGACAGGAGCCAAAGAGAUGCCAGCUGAGGGGCCAACUGCAAUGCCGUCAGAGGUCCCACCUUUCCCAGUUGACUGGAAGACCGUGGAGCUGCCUCUAAACAUCAGCUUUCAGCCCUGCUUUGCAGCCAUCAGCAGUCCUUCCCUCUUCUACCUGCUCGACCCCAACCAGGUGGCCCCGCAGAAGCUUCAGGAGGUGAUGAUGCAGCUGGCCGCGUACUGCAGCAACAUCCAGGCCUCCUCAUCCUCCACGGUCCUGAGCAGACCCGCGGCUGGAGCAGUCUGCUGCGCCAAGUUCACUGCUGACAAUAACUGGUACCGUGCGGUGGCCCUGGAGGUCGGUGAGAAUGAGAUGGGGGUCAUCUACGCAGAUUACGGUAACACUGAGAAGGUGCCUUUCUCCCGUAUCCUGCCCAUCCCGACACGCCUGCUGCAGCUGCCCUUUCAGAUCACUCGCUGCACCCUCAGUGGAAAGGAGCGCUUCCCUGCAGAGUUUCCAGAGGAAAUACAGCAGUUGUUUCACAGCCUGCUGUUGAGCGGCGUCCUCGCCACAGUCCAGUCCUUCAACGGCUCUGCUAACGUGCUCUCUCUGAGCCAGCCCCCUGAGACAGGCGGGGGGGAUCUCACCACCAUGCUCCUGGAUGCACUGCAGGCCCAGGCUAAGAGUCACCCAUCUCUCACUCAGAAGGCUGACCAAACUAACAGCAGCACAUCUUCUGCCAACACUACAAUCGCACCUGCCGGCCUCCUGCCCACACCAGAUCCUGUUGCCCCACAGGCCGUGGAAAAUACACCAGCUAAACCCGACCUAACCAUGACCCCAAGGUCGGCCCCCCAAAGUCCUCCGCAGAAGAAAAACGCUUCAGCAGCAUCAGUCAUUGGUGCUUUAAGUGCGUACCUGGGUUCAAAAUACUGCACUGAUUACUUGGCAGAUCCAGUUCAGAACAUCAUACAAAUGGAGCCUCCAUGCAAAACCUCAAAAACCAACGAUUCUCAAGGCUGCUGCUGUCUGAACCUGACGACUAAGGUCGACCACCUGGAACAGUUGGUGCAGCUGCAGCUUUCUCUCAUCAUGCAGUUGGUGGGAAACACAAAAUAGUAUAAACAAAAUUCCACAAGUCUUUGAAUCUUUGAAAUGAAAUAGGGUGAAUGUGGCCACCAGAAGCAGCCAUCCAGCUUUUAAUUUAGCUUUUCAGCUUUAAUUUUAUUUCCAUAUGGAGUGUUCAAUGUUUUUUUAAUCAGUGUUUUUUUAUGUUUUAAUAUUUCCCUAUGUUGCCAUUAAAAAAUGCUUUAUUCACUUAAGUUUGUUAAAAUUGGCAGAAAAACUCUAGAAAAAAAAGAGGUUAAAACUUAAUUACCCAAGCGUGUGUUUGUCUCCUGUGUUCUGUAGUAGGCUGUGCUGUCAUCUGUUCUGUCCUAAUCACCAGUUCAAGUACAUCCAGCCUGAUUGAUUUAUGUUUGACAUGUGUUUGAGUGUUGACAUAAAAGUUAUUUUGACAGUGAACAG